AUGCCUGACGUCAAGCGCACUGUCCGUCUCAUUACGGAGCAGAACAUUAUGUAUGCGCCCCUCCCUACCUACUUCCACCUUCCCUCCCUUCGCAAACUCCGAGAUAAGCCGUCGGAGGUUGAAGGCUUCCCGCAGCGAUCUUGGCAUAUCGAGGUCUGGCUCGUGAACGAGAAGGGCGCCUUGGUCCCUGCAAACAUCUUCGACAAGGUCACCUACCACCUGCACCCCAGUUUCGGUGAACGUGCUACGCAGGUCUUCAAACAGCCGCCGUUCCGCAUUCAGGAGGAAGGAUGGGGUGAAUUCGAUAUGUCGAUCGAGCUCACUGCUGACAAGUCAUACACCAUUCAACAUGACUUGAACUUCGCUCAGAACCGUUAUGAAUCUAAGCAUGUGCUGACGUUCAAGAACCCCAAGCCGGCUUUGAUGGCUGCACUCCGCGAGUCCGGUCCUAUCCCCGGUGAUGAGAAUGGUAUCAAGCACAAGCGCCCUGCUGGCGGCGAAGAGAGUGCGAAGAAGAAGAAGCGCACAGAUAAGAAUGUUGACAUGGACAAGCUUGCUGAUGGGCUUCAGAAGCUCAACGAAGAUGACCUUCUGCAGGUUGUGCAGAUGGUUCAUGACCACAAGGCCGCCGACUCAUACACAAAGAAUGAUGUUGAGCUUGGAGAAUUCCACGUGGACCUGUACACGCUCCCUGACGCGUUGAUCAAAAUGCUCUGGGAUUUCACGGCGGACCGCGGAGCUCUGUAA